AAUCAAUCUCCUGUCUGAUCAUGACGCGAGAGCUGAGCCCUCUUGCAAGACUUUGCUCCCUCAAUUUCCUCGACGUCGCUUUUAAGCAGCGAAGCAAUUAGGUCCAAGUUUUUUGGGUAUUCUCCUUACACCCUUUCAAUCUGGGGCGACCUUCGCACCGCAACUCAUGGAGUCACAAACGGGUUUCAGGGUCCAGCCAAGUUUCAGGGAAGUAGAGCGGCAAGUCAUUGUUCGUGCUUGCGACAUGUGCCGGAAGAAAAAGAUCCGUUGCGAGCCUACCACGCAAGGAUGCGCUCAGUGCACCAAAUAUUGCACAAGGUGCCACUUCACGCCAAUUGCAGUGAGGAGGAAGCCUCGCAGACCAGCUGGCUUCAAAUACAUCGCACACCUCGAGGAAAGGCUUUUAGAACUGGAGAGUUUUCUAGGAGACAAGUCUUCGAGGAAGCCAAAUGUGCCUGACAACAGUUCGCAUAAAGAGCAAACGACACCCACAGUAUCGCUUGACACGUCGGCACUGAUUACAUCCCCUAACGAAAGUAAUCCAUGGAUGUCAAUGAGCGCCUCACAAAUUCCGUCACUCGAACAAACGAGCAAUCUAGGGUUAAUCCGGACACACGACUACGGCGAACCUGAUUUGUCUGCGCUGGGGGGUUUUAUAAUUGACCCUCUAGCCGACAGUCUAUGGCCGCAUCCCGCUCCAGAGUUACGACCAGUUUCUCUACCAACGCGCCAGCAGCUUCCCACAAAAGUAGUCGCUCUGGAGCUGGUUAAGGAAACUUUCAACAACUAUAAUAGGUUCCUUCCGCUUUUUGAUGAAGAGGACUUCUUGAGAGAGUUUCAACUCAAGUACUCGACUUCCAAUCCUGGAGAUGCUGGUUGGUGGGCCUGUCUCAAUGUCGUGCUGUCGAUAGCUCAUCGUCUCCGCGGCCUGCGCACAUUGGACCCGACGCAUGAGAACACCCUAGCCUUUGGUUACAUACAAAACGCCCUAAGCGUCGUCUCCGAGCUGAACGUCUCUGACCGCAGCCUCUCCGUCGUCCAGGCUCUGGUGGGUAUGGCUUGCAUUCUUCAGGGAACCUCGAAUCCGGAGCCAGCCUCAAUGCUCGUAGCCGCCGCCCUGCGCUUGGCACAGGCUAUGAAUUUGCACAGAGAGUGUUCCGACCCAACCCUCACGAAAUCACAAGCUGAGACACGGAGGCGGGUGUUUUGGAAGGUAUACGUUCUUGACAAGGAUAUCAGUCUACGGACGGGCCGACCCUUCAGCCAGGAUGAUGAUGACAUGGAUGUCCGACUGCCAUCAAAUACAAGUCUUGAGUCAUGUAACGUGGACCUCUUCAACUAUCGCAUAGGGCUUGCAGUUAUUCAGGGGCAGGUGUACAAACAGUUGUACUCGAUCCGGGCUGGACGACAAUCGGAGACACAGAGGGCGAUUGCGGCACAAGAGUUGAGUUCUUUAUUAUCGUACUGGAAGUCCAGUGCGCAGCUGGAAUCGCCAGAGGACUCCGCGGUGUUGUCAGAAUCCCAAAUGGCAGGCGAAAUGAUCCACAAGGUGGUUCUUCGACUCACAUAUCUUCAUUGCCUGACAAUGAUUGAUCGCCACUUGCCCCCGACGCCGCGAUCUCCCUCCGAUCAAGAUCUCAGCCGGUCUGAACUAUUAUUACCCCCAGGCAGUCUAUGUCUCACUGAGUCACGCAAAGCGAUCCGUCUCAUUGAAGCCAUCCCUCAAGGAGACUGCUCUUGCGUCUGGAUGCUUCUUCACGCUUUCUUCGCUGCAGCCAGCAGUAUGCUCUAUAAUUUAACACAGAACCCUACGUCAUCAAACGCACUUUCAGACCUUCAUCUCGUCAAGCCAUUUCUACGUCUGCUGGAGACGCUUACCAGGGAUCCAAGAACAUCCUCACGAUCCGAGGAACUCAGACGAAUGCAUCGAACUUGCAACAGCUUAAACAAUGAAGCAAACAAGGCUGUUCAACUUUUCAGUCUAAGGUCUACGGCGUCCUUUACAUAAUUAUUCCACCAUGAUUGUUUUAAUACAACUUUAUGGAUGCUCUACCUCGCCCAAGCAGCAGGAUGGAUGCCGCUAGACAGGUUGCCUUGACCCCGAACACGCUUUUACUUGGCCUCUGUAGCCGCAAACCGGUCCUGCAGGACGUUCGAGAUGACAGGACUGGCCUUCAUGCGCCCUAACCAGUCAUUAAGAGCCGGGAAGCCUUCUUGAGGUUCAACCUGUGCUCGGAAAGAAACACAAUGACAUCAAAGAUUAGGCAGGAGGCGUACAAGGCAGCAGUAAUUUAUUCACCGUCCUGUUUUGCAACUU